GCCAGAGGGUGAGAAUGAUCCAGGAGGAGUCCAAGCAAGUGUGGAGUUGGUGAGCCCCGACAGCGGUAUGAACACCAUCCGCAGCAGCCGCUCCUCCAAGGAGAGCUCAGUGUUUCUCAGCGAUGACAGCCCUGUUGCCGAGAUGAUUGGGUCAGCGGCAGGUCCCGGGGGCCUUCUGUUGAGGAACCCCUCCCCCCUGGGGCUGUUGUCCCUCUCACCUCCUGCACCGCCUGAGAGGAGGCGGCGUCAGCAUUCAAACAAAAAGAGGAAUGACCACUUUGAUCAGUUUCAUUUUGAGCCGCUCCAUCCGCAUCACGUCCUCCAGAAUGCCGCAGGAAAAACAGACAACGAUCAGCAAACGGCGGGGAGCUCCAGCCUCUCAGAAUAUGAGGAACUAAACACGGUGGAUUUCUCCGAUCCCAGUUCUUUGGGUGGUCUGGAAAGUAGGCACUCAUCUUCUGAUCCAGACUGUCAAGUCAUAGAAAUGAUGGAAACGGUGGUUCCUCCCACACCGGUCAAUAGCCUGGCAGGCGGUCACCCUUCCGGCAGCUGCGGCGCCAGGUUCUUCCCCGAAGACGUGGCAGAGAGGAUCAGCGGCCUGCAGCACAAGGACAGCGUCUCGUCAUCCUUGUCCGAGACUUGGGAGGAGCUCGGCUUCGACGCGCCUUCCUCGAAUGAUGCCUGGAGUAGAACCAGAGGGACAGAGAGUCCUCAGAAUCUGGAGGAACUACGGUGCAAAGAGUCUGAUGGUGAAAAAACAAGUAGGGAAGGGAGGUCACAGAGGGACUGGAGCUUGGAACCGCAGCUUAGUUUGAUCACCGAACAGACAGAAUCAUAUGAAAACUGGAACCCGGAUUCUGAACUUGGCGAUCAAUGGAACCCCGUUACUGCGGCCGAUCUCCAGUUGACGCCACCGGAAGAGGAAGUUGAAAGCAAAGCUGGCGUCUUUGGAAUCAAAGAAACGACACUUCCUUCACAGAAGAAGAAAAUGACACUCAACACUUUAACGCCAGACACAUCAAAGGAGGACAAUGAUGACGCACAGGAGAGUAAAGCGGGUAGAGCAAUGCAGACGCUGGAUUUUUGGACCUAUUCGGCACAGAAGGGUUUUCUGAAAUCAGAUAGCGGAACCACCACUUCAUACCCGGAAUCGCUUGACAUGUGGAAUACGACAAUCCGAGAUGACAGUUUUUCUCCACUCGUGACACCUUUAUCUGAAGACUCUGGAAACUUCCCUGGGGCGACUCCCAACAUGAGAGGAGGAGCUUCCUUGGAAAGCCCUCAGGGAUUCUCCUAUGGAGGCAUGGAAAUGUGGAACACAACCAUACAAGAAGACAGCUCUUCAUCCGCAAGCCCAGAAGCACCUGGGAAUGGGAAAGACCAUAGUCACCCUGACUUAGUGGACGGAAGGGAGACCACUGCAACCAAAAAGCAGGAAAGAGAAACAGAAAGAGGAGAACAAGAAAUGGAUAUCAGACUGAUGGGUCAAAAGCGGAGUGUCAAAAUAGUAAUAGACGGAGAAGAAGGCGGAGGGUCAGACCCAGUAGGGAAUCUUCCUGUUCCUCGCAUGGUCAUCUCCACUUCAGACUACGACAACGUAGGAGGCUGCAGUUGGAGCAUUUCAACUUCCCCUGAGAUUGACUGCGGUCCUGUCGUAGAUACGAUACAACUGGAAGAGCAGUCCAGCCCAUUCGUAGCCGUGACCAAACCCGCAGAAGACAAAACGGAAUCCGACGGAAGCAGUUCAGGUAAAGUCUUUCAUUUUGAGGAGCAGGGUGACUCGAGUUCAGCUGAGAAAACAGUCGAGAUUCAUUCUCCAUUUAUUCUGGUUGACAACUGUCAGGCAUUUUCAGAGGAUCGGCAGUCAAAUUUAGUGGAAAGUUGUGAAUAUCCAAUCCAGAAGAAAGACUCUUUAUCUCAAAGCCCAGAUAGUUCGGCGAGUCUUGCGUCGAGUAAACCCAAAAGUUCUGGACCAGCGUCACCAUCCGACCGUCUGCCACAAAGGUUUACUCUCGCUGAUAAUCAAAGCCAAGAAUGUUCCAUGAAAGAGGCAAUGUCGCUCAGCCCCAGUUCUGGUGUUGACGAAGAGACACUCAAAUUGAGCCCGGGCAGUCGAGACGAACUGAGGUCCAAUUCAGACGGGGAUUUGUCAUCGUGCCUUGAAAUGGAGUACAUUACCGUUCCAGGAACAUUCAAGUCUCCCAAAGACACCGAAGGGCCAUCAAAAGGAUCUCGGAAGCCCAUGGAAACGUUUCACAUGCUUUCCUAUGCCGUUUCAGUGCUGAAAGCUCAGAAUCAGAAGACGACAGAGCAAAGUGGACAGAUCCAGAAUGACCAUUCAACCGGCGAGGAUCUUACCCAAGUUUUCCAGUCAGAGUCAAGAUCAUUGUCUGGAAGUGAAUCACAAUUGGAACAAGCCUCCUAUGAAGAUAAAUCCAACGUCUUUGGCAGAAGUAUGUCACCUUCAUUGAGACACCCAUCGGAUCACUUCCUCAAAACCAGAGAGGAGGUUUAUGUCCACUCUCAAAUCUCCAUGGAGGAUUCGGGUUCAGACAGCGGCCACUCGCCCGUCAACUCAUCUACACCCCAUCCCAACUUACAAGUCUGGGGGGAUUCGUUACCGGGACGAGACACAUCGCAAUCAUCGUGCAAUAGCUCCGCCAUCUCUCACACGAGCUCCUUGGUUAGUACGCCCGCCAGCGAAUCGGGCGUACCGAGCGACAAGGCCCUUGGAUUACCGUUUUCUGGAGAUUUGAUGGAGGAGGAAAAUGAUGAAGAGGGGCCAGAGGAAGAACCGACAAGGGUGCAAAGGUCUCACGAUCUGUUGAGUUUUACAGAGGAGCUAGUUCAGUGUUCUUCACUUCCACCAAACAGCGACCCAUUCCAAGGUGAUUCACUGGAUUAUGAUGAUGGACAAACUGAAAGGGCUGAUGAUUGCUUGGUUGAGCACCACAAGGGAGACCAUUGGGCCUCUCACCAAAACCGUUCUCAGAAUUUAGGAUGCCAAAAUAUGACAUCACAACUUUUUCCCCAUCCGGCCAAUCAGAGAGCUACAAACCAGUGGACAACGCUUCAAGGUUCACCUCAGAGCGGUUACAAUUACCACCAUGUUGACCAAAGGACAGAAAACCAGGAAGGUCCCGAACCAGCGAGGAACACGUCAGACGUCUACGCCGAAUUUUCAACUCAAGUCCCUCAUGCAGACUUUGUAGUCGAGCGGGACGAAAGCUACUUCGAACCUUGUCAAUACGAGGACCCGGUGCGGGAGGAUUGCGUCCAGUAUGUGCCUGAGGGAUACGCCCACUUUCUCAUGUCCAGGCGAGAGCCCCGGGAGGAUCGGCCGGCAGAAGUGACGGCGACAACAACAAUGAUGAUGAUGAGGAGGAGGACAUCCAGCGAGGAAGCUGAGAAUGCAGAGCACGGGGAAGACCCUGCCUCGUCCGCAGACGUGUCGGGGGGCUCCAGUCAGAGGCGUAAGUUGGCGGCGCCGCCCAUGAACGUGUCGCUGGAGCGCAGCGAAGGCUCCCUGCUCUCCGAGGACGCCCUGGACACGGACGACGAGGAUGCGGCUCUCGACACCGGAGAUGACCUGGACGCGGACAUCGAGGAGCUGGACACGUCCGAAGAGGAGCGCGAUCCGCCCGUCCCUCCGGACGGGGUUAGCGAGGGGCUCGAGGAUGGCCGGCUGUGGAGGAGUGUCGUGAUUGGCGAGCAGGAGCAUCGCAUCGAUAUGAAGUGCAUUGAGGCCUACAAGAGGGUCAUCUCGCAUGGAGGUUAUUACGCCGAGCGCCACGCCAUCAUCGUCUUUGCAGCCUGCUUCCUGCCCGAUAGCGACUGUGACAGUUACAACUAUGUCAUGGAAAAUCUCUUCUUGUAUGUCAUAAGCACCUUGGAGCUGAUGGUGGCAGAGGACUACAUGAUUGUCUACCUGAACGGCGCCACGCCUCGCCGCAGGAUGCCUGGCUUCACAUGGAUGAAGAAGUGCUACCAGAUGAUUGACAGGAGGCUGAAGAAGAACCUGAAGAUGUUCAUCAUCGUCCAUCCUUCCUGGUUCAUCAGAACACUAUUAGGCAUCACCAGACCCUUCAUAAGCUCCAAGUUCUGCAGUAAAAUCAAGUACGUGGGCACCCUGCAGGAGCUGGGACACAUCAUCCCCAUGGAAUACGUCCACAUUCCGCCCAGCAUCGUCAAGCUGGACACAGAUUUAAAGGAUGCCUCAGGAAAGUCCGACAGAAAGAGAAGUUUGGCCAUUUGACAAAACCAGAGCUCCGCUUGAGGCUGCUCGUCUUUCCGUGAGAAGGGAAGAGGUUGCGGCGAGGCACUCGGAAAACACCGCAUCGCUGUCGGAGAGAAAAGUGCUCUCCAGACUGGACUCAAAGAGGUUUACAUCGGAAUCCAUUAAUUACGACUGUAUCCACCACUUGACUAAUAUGCCUUUUCUUUCACGAUACUGUAUCGGUAGCAUUUUGGACCAUCAAUAACCUCUCAUGCAUCAACAGCCGUGGAGUCGGAGUUUACAAAAAAUUCAACAUACAAUAAAUCUCUGUACUGUACUUGUAGACAAACUGAUACAAGUCACCAUCGGUUGAAAUCAGGGGUAUGACAAUUGCAAGUAAUUGAAAGAAACCAUUUAUGAGAAUAUCUCAAAAAAGGGACAAACAAUAAUAAAAGAAAUAGCACCGUUAUGACGCUAUACAGUUAUGGUGUAAUGAUACAUAUUGGAUUAAAAUGUACGAUACAAGUACAAAUAUAUUAUCAGUAUGAGGCAUUUUUGUCCCACCCCGGAUUUGAACUUAGCCACUCUGUCGUCAAUCUCAAAGCCGGCUUUCUCUACUAAUCCGUUCCAUCACUGUGAAAGUCGUCGAGGUAGCAAGAUAGCACUUGAAUGUGUUUGCGGUGACUUACUUGUGCAUGCCUUUUGCUUGUGUGUGUGUGUGUGUGUGUGUGUGUGUGUACGUGUGCGUUUAUGUGUGAGUGUGAGAAGAGCAUAUAGGUUGACAAAGUCUUGUGUGUGUGUGUGUGUUCCACAUUUUUAUUUGUAAUUCUGCCUUCAUCUUCUUACAGUAAAAUAAAGAAAGGAAUACUCGGCCCGUGUCUAAACUUUUAAUGUUUUUAAUUAAACAUUAAAUUAAUUUAAAAAAUAAAACUCAUGUGUUGAACAAGUGCGAUAUCCACA